AUGCUCGAAAACACCAACGGCACGCCCAGGUCUACGCCAGAAGCAGAGGCAGAUCUCUACCAAAUGAACUCCAGCCGAACCGAUGCACUUCUCCGUGGCUACCAGGCCGUGGCUGAGAAUCGCCGAAAUGUGGAUGAGUGCGUCAAUGAUUUACACGAGACUUGCUCUCAUCUUGAGAAGAGGUUCAGGGGCGUAUGCGAGACGUACGAUGGCGAGAAGGCCCAACUUCAACAUCAGAUAGCCAGACGCGAAGACGAGAUAACUCAGCUUGAGGACAAGCUAGCCAAACUUUGCGAGGAGAAUCGAGUCGCCAACGAAUGCAUGGCGAACCAGAGGCAUCUGAUUGAUACGCUCCAAGCUCAACAUCACCCGGAGCCGGUUAUGAACGGACUUGUCCAACAUGGGCUAAUGCUGCCGCAAUUUAACGACACACAUUCCGGCCAAUAUCAGCCCUACCAACUACUACCCAGCCAGGACUUCACCAUGAAACUAGACCCGCCAAAUGACAUCGAUUACAACAUUGGGUCCCCCAUUGAGUCGCCCAACGAUCCAUACCUUGUGAUGUCUGACGUCGCUGAACCGGACAAGACGGCCUUACAAUUCUUGCUGCACCCCACACCAUACGAAACAUCUGCGGAGCGGGAUACUGAUCAGGGAGAGAAGAGGGUUUACAAUGAGAAGGAUAGAUUGAAACCUAGCAAAAGCGGAAUACGGGCGGUUACCAUCAGUAGCAAGCUGUGCUCCAUAUAA